CCGAGGGCCUUCUAGUCAAUAUCUGGCGCCGUCUGCGAGGACAGAAGACUCAUAGCUCGUCGAAUAUGGGAUCAGCAGUCACUAUCAUCUAACCCCUUCAUUCACCCCAUCCACUCGCAAUCUCACGACGGCACAUCACACCUUGGAUGAGGCCAUGCAGCCGGCUGGUCUGCGUCAGGAAUCUCCAUAUACCCUCAGUCAGCCUGCAGCGUCCAUCGCAUCCACAACGAGCAAUGAGCUCAUAUCGGGAAACGGUACAGUCUGAUGGGCAGCGGAAUGUACCUUCGACGUCGUCCACGAGCAUCACGGGCUACCAUAUCAGGGCGCGCGUCUCGCAAGGGGCAAGCCAGGUGGGCAGCAAGGAGUACUGGUCCUCUUGGAAGGCUUCCGCAAAACAAAAAGCGGCUGAGGUUCGGCCAGCAAUCAGGCAGUGGAACGACGGAGGAGCAAGUCAAAGCAGCUCAAUCUCAGCAGCUCAAGCACCUGGACUCGGCUAUGCUCCUUACCGGCCCCGGAGUAGAGCGCGUAUUCCCGAGUCUGUGACCUCAUCGCAGACAGCCGGCUUCUCGACAUCCUCUUUGAGUCUUAAGGACUCACCACCAGAGGACAUCUACCCCGUCCUGCUCCCAGGAUAUACCUUCACGCGUCGCGAUGGAGGAGGAGACGAGGAGCUCAUCGUUACGCUUCGCGGCUUCGUAGCCAGGAAACCUGCAAUUCAUGGUCGGGCACAACGCAUGUUCAAUCUAAUGGCCAAGCAGCUUGCUCGCCUACCGAAGCCUCUAUCCGCCUCGUCCACUUCACUCCUACUCCAUCCCAGUGAGACUUCAGUCGAUGACUCUCAUUUCUUCCCUUCUGUACCUCAAGGCUGGGCGAGUUCAUCGCCCGCUGGCGAGACGCCCAGCGGCACCUUCACGUCACCUGAGAGUCAGUAUCAGCGGCAGCAUCUCAGUGAAAGGCUUGUGGAAGGCAUCACAGAUAGGAUGCACGAGGAGACUUUGGGCAAGCUCGUCUCCAAACUCGGGGCUCUUCCCAUUGACGGAGAAGGCGGAGUACAUGAUGAGCCUGACAAAGGGCCGGGUGCAAAGAAGCACACUGCAGAUUCGGACGAAGAAGCUGCAUCGCCUCCACCACCCCCACCCAAGACCGAAUUGGCGCAAAUCAGCGCACAACAAGGAGUGCGAGGAGUCGAAGAGUCGCAGACUAGAGCAGGUGAGAUCGAUGGAUCCUCGACGGUCAAGGAGUCGGUGCGAGCAGCCGAGGGGGGCUCAGCACCAUCCCUGACUUCUCCUUCGACGACGUCAGUCUCGUCGGCAGCGACCUCGAACACUACGGCUACUUCCACUACAGCCACUUCUUCGAGCUCAGCACCCUCGGCAGGACCUUCACGACUGACAAAGCUGAAGCGCAUGGCACCAAGUCGGACGCCUUCCACCGCUUCCCUGCUGUCCCUCUCCUCAAAUCCUACCGUUGCUGCCGAUGCCCAGCUGGUAGGUGGAUCGCAAGCAUGGGCCAGCCGCACGCUGGAUGAGAUUCACCAGCUUACCCACAACCUCAAUGAGCGUCUAGCCGACUUCUGGAUCUACAGAGUUGCCAUGCGUAAAGUCCGGGUCGAGGUGCAAGGAGAGUUUGUCGAGCCAGGAACAGCGGAGCGUACUUGGCAGACACUCUUAGCUCAGGAGCUCAAGAGUGACUUGAACGGAAUGUUCCGACUUCGUGUCAACCUCGGACCUCUUGGCGUAUUUGAGGAUCGGCUGCAAGGCCUUCGCACGAGGGCCGUCCUACUCGAAGAUGUGGCUCCAACAACUACCCAUGCCGCGCUGGAGGCUAUUGCGACACCGCCCCCAACUACGCCAUGGUGUCCUUUGAGCCUCGCCCGCUCCGCCUCGACUCAGACGCCGAUUCGACUCAUAUCGGACGUGGAUGACACGAUUCGUCAAACGUGCGUUGUACAAGGCUUCAAGUCCGUCUUUCGACAAGUGUUCAUCCUCCCUCAUUCAGAAGUCGUCGUACCAGGGAUGGCAGAGUGGUACCAUUCCCUCGCUCAAGAUUACCAGAUUGGGAUCCACUUUGUCAGCAAUGCGCCCAUCGAACUUUGGAAACCGAUCAAGGAGUUUCUCGAUCAUGCCGGUAUGCCUGCUGGCCACCUUCACCUCAAGAGCUACAAUUCUGACUUCGAGGGAGCUACAGUGACUGCCAAUACUGGAGGCUCGCAGAGUCGAGAAGACUCCGAAGGCGGCUCUGGCGGUGAUGGGCCCACGGUCGCCAAUACCGGCGCAGGCAAAGCCUCCUUGCUCUCUACCUGGCUCCAGCCGGCCUCGGCCAGGAAAAGAGCUGCCAUUGUAUCCAUUCUGGACGAUUUCCCCGAGACAGGCUUCCUCCUCGUCGGAGACACGGGCGAGCUGGAUCUCGAGCUCUACUCCGAGCUGGCAAAAGAGCGGCCUCACCAGAUCAAGGCUCUCUACCUGCGAGAUGUUACCUCGGAAGGCUACGUCGGUCCAACAUCUGCCAGGGAGGAAUUCAAUGUUGGAGAAGAGGAGAAGCGAAGUCGAAAGGCCGCGGCUCGUAAAGCAGGCGAGGCGAUCAAGCGACCCGUCAAGGCCUUUGCUGAGGCUUCGUCACGGGCGAGCAGUCGACCCACAAGCCCUACGCUCAGCAGGACAGCAGAGCGUGGAGGGGCGAAGGACUUCUUCUCUUCGCAGGACGUCAGCAGCGGUGCGGCUUCUGCCUCCUCGACACCGCAGCCUCGUCCUACGAUGGCAAAGACCCGGACGGGCACCCCUACCGAACGGACCCUGUCCGCGCCUCGUCUGGCAGACUCUCAGCUCGACCCUGCCUCUACGCCUCCCGUAACCUUACCGUCGGCUGCGCCUCGCUCUGGCUCUACCACAACUACACGACGCUCGCCUGCUUUGCAGGUGAGGAUCAACAAAGCUCUGGCUAUCAUGCCUGCUGGGACGGAAAUCCACUUCUUCAAGGAGGGAGAGGAUGUUAGAGCCGAAAGUGAGCGGUUAAUAAGAGAGUUGAGAGGGGAGGGGAGCAGCUAGAUGGUGUUCCAGGACUCGUAGGCAGCUCUGCGCCAUUGCGUAUGUAUAUAUUGACGAGCCAACCCAUGCGCCCAUGUCCUUUCCUGUAUCACACGUACCGAAUCAAUGGAAUCAUUCAGAGCGACGAAGCGAACAA